CCGCGCGGCCCGCGGCCCCCGCGCCCGCGCAUGGCUGCCGCGGAGGAGAGCCCCGCGCAGGGCUCCCGCGCGUGGCUGCCACCGCGCGAGGUCAAGGACGAGAUCCUCCGGAGAUACGCGGACGUGCUGCGGGUUGGCAGCGUGGCGGUCAACGGCGAGGUCGUGCGCUGGGGCACCGACACCUCCACGGAGCGACAGCUGUGCGGCUUCUCCGAGGCCUUCUUCGAGAAGUUGCGCGGGAUGCCCGAACUCGCCAACCUGAGCGACGACGUCAUCAAGAGGGCCGUUUACUGGUUCUGCAAGGCAGUGUCCAUCAACUACGCUCUCAUGGAGGUCCUGCUGCUGAUCAAGGAGAAGGUCGGUGCCAUGUGCACCAUCGAGACCCGGGACGACGAGGGCGGUCUCGUCACCUACUCCGCCGACGUCAGCGGGGAACCACCCUCACAGGUCAUGCGCGUGCGGAUGGCCUGGCGGAGCGGCAACAACAUCGUGUACCGCGACCCCCUGUCGUCCGAGAAGAAGGUCAAGGGCACCAUCUCCUGCCUCGAGACGGAGUUCGGCCUACCGCCGCCGCAGAAGUUCGCUCCGGCGUACCGGCUCCAGAUGAAGCUCCGGAAGUCCCUCGCGCAGCGGUUCGCAAAGAAGGUCGGCUGCGGCCACCUGCGCACGCUGUCCGACGAGCAGACGACGAUGAUCCUGCAGGCUACACAUGCUCUGGUGCAGGUUGGCCCCGCAUCGGCCGGCACGGCUCGGGCCUCGGACCCCGCGUGGUCCCUCGCAGGCGACGCGCUGGAGCAGCUGGUGGGCGGUGGCAGCUCGUCCAGCUGCGCACCGCCGGGCGCGGGAGAAGGGGCCAGCGCCGUGCAUCAGGUCAGUUCCUGGUGCAGUCACGUGGUCACCUUCUUGCUGGGAGUGCUGAUCGGCCCGUUCGUGCUGCCCGCUCCCCUGAGCUGCAAGUGGCUUGUCGGGGGCCUGUUCAGAGGUGAUGUGCACGUGAUUCGUUACCGCGUCGGCGGGCCGCAGGUGUUCCACGAGAGGAUCACGCUGUUCGACGCCCCCCCUUUGCAGGCGGUGAUCGUGACAGUCGACGGGGACGUGUACUUGGAGACGGUGGUGGUCAACGCCGACUGCGAAGAGGUGAUGCCGCUGCGCGGGCUCGGUGCUCCUGUGUACGGCGUGGCGGAGGCGCUGGGGCGGGCGGUGUGGGGCCACCUGCGCGACGGCGCGCUGCUGCUGGGCUCCGCGCUGCCGCCCUCACCGUUCACUCUGGCUGGAGGCGCUGGGGCGGGCGGUGCCUGGGUGCCCCAGCUCGACUUCGCCACGGCCGCGAGGGACUCGACCACCACGCCGCGGGACGACUGGCCGACCCAAGGGCCCAGGACUACUCAGUGGUGCCUGGACCACAUGCGUCGGAACGCAGGUGGCCCGCUCGCGUGGCCCUCGAAGUGGAAGGCAGAGGCUCGGCCACGGGACUCAGACUCCCUCAACACUGCGGAAUUGGCGGCGUUCGAGCUGGCGCGCCGCCAUUCCCAGCUCAUCGAGGAGCGCCACUAUGAGGAUACCUUGUCGGCGCAGGUGGCCGCCGAGGAGAAGAAAGACGAGAAGGAGGGCUUCGGGGUGAGCGAGAGUUUGCUUGCGUCGGAGGCCGAGCACUACAUGGGCGUGGCGGCGAGCAAAGGGAACCUUUGCAUCUCGCGAGCGCUCGCAGAGUUCAUUGCGGAGCAGCUGAAGGCAGGGGUCGCUGUGGCCAAGGAGAGGCGCAAAGCCCGCGAGGAGCGGGCUGCGCGCGCAUAG